AUGACAGGCAUAUUGAUGGUUCAAGGCCUUCGUUGCACUGGCUGCCGAUUAAUAUUUCACAAAGAUUGUGCCAACUUUGCAACUAAAAUACCUUGCACAACCCCUCUAACUUCGCCUAACCCAGUUUAUAAAAUGAGUGAGGCUGGUAGAAGGCCUUGGGAGAGAAUGAGCUUCAAAUCCCCUCGACUUAGCCUUGCUUCAACCUACCAUGGACCUCUGUUUGGAGCUGGAUUCACAGCUAUACCCAGCUUCAACUUGACUAAAACAAAGCAACAAACUGACUCCACCGCCCUUCUAAUAGAAAGUAUUGACGAUUUGAGAGAAUUCAGUGUGUUUAUAUUCAAAAAACAGUCUCAUCUUGGACAACAAAAUAAGCGAGAGACUGUAGUUGAUGCAAUAUUUAAAAGGGCAUUGAGGGAAGGAAGCACAACAUUAAAAUAUCACGAUUUAAUACGUACCUUUGAGGGAUUGUUAACCAAAAUUUGUAAUGAAGAAAAGCUUACGUUUCCUACGACCUUGGGAGUUAAUGCCUUUCGAGGCUUCCUCAAUGAAUUUAUGGAGCAGAGAAAGCGAAGAAGUUCAUCUAAAAAGAGUUCUAUAAUAAAGGCAAUAUUACAAUUAUAA